AUGCCCAUCUGGCUCGUUCUUCAUGGCUCAGCAACUUUCACUGACGAAGCCUCCCGCGAGGCGUUUGCCAAGGACGUUACCUCCAAAAUAUACAAGAUGAUUCCACCCUUUUACACUGACGUAUCAUUUGUCCCAACGUCAUCCCAGUAUGUCGGUGGCGUGAAGAAUGAUAAGAUGGUGCGAUUCGUCAUCUUCGAGCUAGCUGGAACGCACAAUGCUGCUGAGGAGCGCGAGGCGUGGAUUCAUCACAUCGACUCCGUGAUAAAGCCUCAUGUUGCAGAUAAAGGCUAUGAUUGGGAAUUCCAUAUCGAAGAACCACGAAGAGAUCUGUGGAAGAUCCAAGGAUUGAUACCACCGCCAUUGGUGAGCGAGGCGCACAAGAAGUGGAGAAGAGAAAACAAGCCGACUCCAUAUACUAAGCAGGAUGGACGGAUCGAGAAAGCGAUGUUGUAA